UAGUGAAUGACGAGCGCAGGUCUUCCAAACAGGAUAAUCUGCUAAGAUAUAUCCUGGGGAAUUGUAUUUGCUGUUCAACAUUAUUUCUGUUUUCAGCGCUUGCGUUUUUUUUUUUUGACUUGUGCAAAAUCUAAGGUCUACCACGGCACCAUGGCUGCUCAGAAAAUAAACGAAGCUCACGAACAUAUCGCCAAAGCAGAGAAAUGUUUAAAGACAAGUUUAACAAAGUGGAAACCGGACUAUGAUAGCGCUGCAUCAGAAUACGCAAAAGCGGCUGUGGCUUUUAAAAACGCCAAACAGUUUGAGCAGGCAAAGGAUGCGUACCUGAAGGAAGCCGAAUACCACACUGAAAACAAAGCUCUAUUCCAUGCUGCAAAAGCGCUUGAGCAAGCAGGUAUGAUGCUGAAGGACAUGAAGAAGAUGAAUGAAGCCAUUCAGUACAUUGAGAAAGCCAGCAUGAUGUACGUGGAGAACGGCACCCCAGACACAGCCGCAAUGGCGCUGGACCGGGCUGGAAAGCUUAUAGAGCCCAUGAAUGUAGAGAAGGCUGUGGAUCUCUACCAGAAGGCCGCUUCAGUGUUUGAGAACGAGGACCGUCUACGGCAGGCAGCUGAGCUCCUGGGCAAGGCCUCAAGACUGCUGGUCAGGCUGCGGAGGCUGGAUGAGGCAGCAGCAUCCAUUCAGAAAGAAAAGAACAUGUACAAAGAGAUAGAGAACUACCCCACCUGCUUUAAGAAAACCAUUGCACAGGUGCUGGUCCACCUUCACAGAAGCGACUUUGUUGCAGCUGACAAAUGUGUCCGAGAAAGUUACAGCAUCCCAGGAUUUAGUGGGAGUGAAGACUGCAUUGCUCUAGAGCAGCUGCUGCAGGGGUAUGAUGAACAAGAUGAGGACCAAGUGUACCGUGUCUGUAACUCGCCUCUUCUCAAAUACAUGGACAAUGACUAUGCUAAGUUAGCGGUGACCCUCAAAGUCCCUGGAGGAGGAAAGAAGAAGAAAUCCCCCACCGCCCCUCAAGGGGGCAGUGGAGGGGCACAGCCAGCCGAAGAGGAUGAUGACUACGAGGGGGGGCUGUGUUAGCCCCUUGCACCCCAGACCCCCUCCUUUCUCUGUGCAUUUCCUUGGUGAGGCGCGGGUUCAUAUCAGGUCGGCUCUCCUCUCAUUCAGGGGUCCUUUGGGUCCUUAACGUCCCCUGUCCCAACAAAAAUCUGUCCUAAGCAACUACGAGGCUCUGUGAUAGAAGCAUAACCAAGCAUUAUUUUCAUGUAGUUGUGCUUUCAAAGGUCUCACCCUCUGUGGAAUAUGGUAUUCCAUAUCUGCACUUCCUCUUCAGUUCUGGCUGUUUUCUCUAAUAAAAUAAAGUUAUCAAAAAUGGUAAAAUGUAUUCUGUAAGGUAGACCCAGUGUUGUGUAUAUAUAUAUAAAAAAUAACUUCACUCGGCAAACAUGAGUCGAAGCUUCUAUAUAAUACCUUUCCUGCCUGUGUAAAAAUGUUAAAAAGUUAUUUAAGGAAUUUGAUGAUGUAUAUGUAAAAGCUUAGUUCAUAUGUACACACUAUAUUUAAUAGAAGACAGUUUUGGAUGCAGGAUACCUUACUAUGGAGUGCAGUGUGGUUCAUGAAGGCGUCUGUAAUGUAUUAGGCAUUUAAGUAUUGUUAUUUAUUUUAGUAGUGGUGAUCAGUCUUGUUUCUAAGUGUGUCAGAGAGAAGAGUAUAUAGAUUUACGUAAUAUAUUGGAGUAAUUUAUUGACAGUAUUAUCAGUGGAGUUUGAGGAGGACCAAAACGUAAACAUACUGCCGGAGUAGUAAUGGCAUGAAUAACACACCGGUGUACGUACAAUAAAAGUAACAAGGUGGCAUAAUGUGGUCAUUGUCCUGGAAGCUGCAUGGAUGAAUGAGGUCGAUACCCCGUUAAGGAGAGAUGGUUACACAUACAUGUGUGUAGCAGGUCCACAGAAGAAUCCCUUUAAUCACGUGUAGGCAGCCUCAAUUCAUCUUACUCACAACGGUGUCAGGUGCAGUGGUAUUAAAACUGUGGGGCAUUGUGGGGGUGGAGUGGUUAACACUACAAAUAACAUCAAAGAAUAAAAGGGAUGAAAAAUCAUGUCUCAAAACACUAAAUUCAUUCACAUAGCUCACCCCUACACAAUGCAACUACUGUGAUGACGGCAAGAUUCUCCUGCACUCAACCAGCUAAACUAGCACGCAGAAAAAUGCCAUGCCUGUAUAUCAGCCUGUUUGAGUAUGGGAUUUACUUCCAAAGUGUUGAGUGUGGAAGUGAUAACCAAAGCUGCUAAUCUGUGUUUAAUUCUCUGUGUUUUCUUUAAAAUGAGGGCUGAUAUUUAAGUAAGCUGCAGCUGUUGCUCUGGUUCACACCCAUUUGCAGUAACUGCAGUGUUAAGGGAUUUGAAUGCCCAGCAAAACAGACAGUCUGACAGGCCAGAGAAGGGAAUACACUCAGAUACUGGAACCAAGAUAUCAGAUAUCAAAAAAAUAUUUUUAAUCCUUCCCUCUCACCAAACACAGCAUCUCACCAGCAGGGGUUUCUGUUUACUGUUUGAAAUACAAAUUUUUAUGUUUUUAUUUUAUCACUAUCCACAGUAGCUGGUAUGUUGCGGUUUGCCACCAUAUGAAGAGCUGUUUUCUGGCUUAAGUAUUUUAUUUCUGUUGAUUUGUACCAGCCCACAGUUGUGGUGUAUAACACUUGAAAUUCCAUAUUUUUUUACUGCUUUAUUUUCAUUGUAUGAGAAUGAAUACAAGCUAUUGUAUUUAGCGGUCAUGUCUACUUGAUUAAUAUGUGGAAGAAUUUCGAAAAUAACCCUUGGCUUGACUGUGGUCUUCUCCUUCAGAGCUAGCCAGCAACAUCCCUUUAGUGAAAGCACAGCAAUAAGGUUUUUCUGUUGUGUUACGUGUACAUAUUUAAUUUUGUUUUUCUGUUUAUGGUUUAGUUAACUGUAAAUUUCCAUGAUAUGGUUGUACAUUCUGUCAGGUUGUACAUGUGAUUAUCAUAAUUGUAUACUGCUUAAUAUCCUGUUUGUGAAAGUAAUAUAAGCUCUUCCUACAUCAGCUAUGUGGGUUAUGGCCAUUUGGAUGAUGCCUGUCACUGUCACUCUUGCCCAGUGAGAAUAUAGCACAGCCAAACACUGCUGUAAUGUGAUGUCUUUAGUGAUUUUUUUGUUAAGUAUUCCCGAAUGCUCCUGUGACUUUGUUUAUCCCAUGAAAUGUGAUCUGUGCAAUUAAAAGAUUUAUUGUUACCACACUCUAAAAUAAAAUAAAACAG